AUCACGCCGCACUGUGCUACUUUUUGUUUUUUGUUCGUUUUUACUCCGAAAGCGGGGGUCGUAGGGUCCGGGUUGCCGAACCCGUGGAGAACUUGCGAAAAACUCGGCUACGCGUGUUUCUUGUCUAGAAUAUUAGAGGCUGCCGGCGGUCUUUCAAAUAUGAUGAUGAUCCCGAUGAUGCAGCACUCCGCGAAAGUGACGCGGGCUUUCGCGUUGAGACUUCCCGUUACGCCUGCGACUGCUAGCCGGCGCGCCGUUUUGCGCCGAGGGGCCUCUGUGUGUCCGCGCCGCGCGCCCCUCCUCAUCUGUAGUUGCCCGCGCCAAGUCUUGUAGGCAGGCUGCCGGGGCCGUCCGCUUGCGCCUUUGGUUUCCUUGGCAUUUCGUUGGCCACAUGCGCGCGAUCUGCGCACUUCCCAAAGAAGUUGCUGCAGCACCAUCGUGUAACGUACGUUACACGAUGGCGCUCUGCUUGUUUGCCUUAUCGCUUGCCGGCCUAACCAGGGGAGAGAGCCCUGCUUUUGGCCUGUCCAUGGCACCAUCGUGAGUAAAGUUAGCCACGACGGAAAUGUGUUUGGUUGUUUUCGCAGCUUCGGGCGCACUGUGCUACGCCUGGGAGUUAAGGCCGGGCGGGGUGGCUAACGGCUCCACAGGCGUGCCAGAGGCCCACCAGAGCAAGGCAGCUUCCAGCUGCGUGGCUCGGUUUGGGCGGUUGUAGAUGAGGCGCCGCGGUUGCAGCCUGGCGCCCUAUUACCCAAGAAAACCGGCCACGGCUCUCAUGCGCCAGAACUUGCGCCCGAACAAACUUGAUCCAGAACUUGUUCCAGAAUUUGUUCCAGAACUUGUCUCAGAACUUGUCUCAGAACUUGUUCCAGAACUUGGCUCAGAACUUGUCUCAGAACUUGCCAGGAACUUGCCAGGAACUUGAUUUUGUGCCCUUUUUUGGCCCACCUUUUUGUCCCGUACCACGACGGCACGGCCGUUUUUUCCCCUUCUUUUUUCCGGUUCCCGAAAACCAGCUUGGCAAGUUCCUGAACAAGUUCUGAGACAAGUUCUGAGACAAGUUCUGGGGCACACGAGUUCGGCGACAAGUUCUUAGCCAAGUUCUGCGCCAAGUUCUGAGGCUUGCAAGUUCCGGGAAGAGUUGGAGCGCUGGAGCAAGUCCCGCAGCAAGUUCUCGAACAAGCCCCAGGGCAAUUCGCUACAUAACAUGUUCCCGCGCAAGCGCCCCCCCCCCAGCAAGCCCUUUGGGAAGUAUAUUCGGAGCAAGCGAGCCCCACCAUGGGGGCCGCGGGCAUGGUUCGAGCCCUGUUGCUGGCAGGAGUGCUAUGUCGGAUCGAGCGCGCCGAUUUUUGCCGCUGCAUGCCAGCGGCGUGCUCUUGGGGGCGGCGCGCUGCGAGGGCUCGGCCAGACAGCCCCGCAGCGAGCCUUGUCGGCCGGCCACAUUGGCGCCCCGGCAUUUUUUCGCGCGGAUUGUGGGUACAGGGAUGCGGUGUUCCGCGCUUUGGCAUUGGAGCCGGUCUGGGUGUUCGGCGCAGCUCCUUUUCCCCCCCGGCAGGCAAGCGGCGUGGAUGGACCGGGCCCUGGCGUCGAGUGGCCCCCCGGAGCGUUUUCUUUGUUGUCAUUGCCUCGCGGGCCGCUGAAGCUCGUUGCUUUAUUCCCCGUUUGCCCAGCAACUGAAGCUGCGUGCCACCGUGUAACGCGCGUUACACGAUGGGGCUGGCCUGUCGCCUGAGAAGGCUAAGCAGGCAGGGCGUUCGAAACUCGCUCACUGGCCGCGCGGGGCCCUUCCUAUCGAUUUGCCCCUCCCGGAAACGGGCCGAACAAGUUCCACGCAAGAUCUGCGCGAAUUCGGCGCACCAUGUAUCUAGACCCAUGCUUUCGGAGUAAGUUCGUUUUUUUUGUCUUGGGGCGACGUCUCCCAUUCUUCACAGACUAGUUGGUUCGCUGGUUGUCCUCUGGGGCGUGUCCCAUUGUCUAAGCCCAAGCUUCACGUCGAAAACAGUUCGUUGCAGCCCAACCAUGUUGCCCUCGCAGAAAGACGGCGCUCUGCUCUCAGGAACCAGCACGUCAAAUGAAGUACAGCCUCAGUCUCCUGUGGUCCGCGAAGAAGAUCCCGUUCUUGCGCCUUCACCUUCCGCGCCAUCAAAAGAUCCGAAUGACAAGCGCUCGACCAACCGGGUCCGCGCCUCCGACCGUAGUAGUCAACUGCAUGCCACGAAACAAGGAGCUACGAACGCGGAACUCGAUGCCAAGGCUGCGGCGUUUGCGAAGAAGCUGCGCGCCAGCGUCUCUUUCGUGAAAGCCGUGCAAAUUGCGGAAGACGACAGUGGCACCGAAGAUGACGAGAAUGUCUUUGCCAAUGCCAAAACCAGAAAAACACUCGUUGCGGGGACGAAAAGAUUGAUGAGUGAUAAGAAGCGGCCGGCGGGUGGACGAGGCGGAGCUAGAAGUUCCUCAAGAUCAAGUACCAAACCAGAAGCAGGCGAAGACGAUCAUGGUCAUGGAAAUAAAGAUGCUAGCUCAAUAGAUGAAAAUGAGAAGCUUGACGACCCGGAAGAUGAGCAAGACGACGAGGAUCCGCCACCCGUGGCCGUCCGCGGCUCCCGUCUGUCUGAAGCGGCGGAUAUCUACUGCGGCACGGGGUUUGAAGACGAACAGUUUCACGGUGAAGUCGAGGUGAUGGUGCGCAAGACCAACAUCGCCGAAGAGUAUCGGAAAAUGCUGGAACGCUACAACUACGCGGCGCCGGCAGAUUUACCGCCGGUUGUUGGCAGGAAGAGCACUACUAGGGCAGAACCGCGAGCGUCGACCUCUUCAGCCUCGUCCAGCCGCGAGAGCCGGUUCUGGAAGGCAACGACCGUGAGUAGAAGUAGUAGACCGGACGAGCAAUGCUUCGGCGAACAAGAAAACGAAAAUGAUGACGCAAACAUGAGGAGCAGAAUGACGACUGCUGUGAUAGCGGGACAUGAAGAGCAACUUCUAGACGUAGGGCAUGCAGAAGCAGAUCUGCAAGACGUCACGAUCAACGUGCCCCCGCCAGGAGAGACUGAUACAACGACCGCCGAAGCAGGAGACCGUGAGGACGAGAGUGAAAAAGGGAAGGCAAAUAAAACCUCCUCACCUUCAGCUUCUUCAGCUCUCGGUGUAAAAAACAGCUGCGAACAAGAUGUUGACCACAAUUCGACGAGGAAGAUGAACGGUGAGGAGACAGCAACAACAAACACAAGAACUCAAAGUCAUGGCCGGGCUACGCAGACACCAAGCACGACGACUGCAGCGCGCAAGAGUAGACCAUCAUCAACAUCGCUACGUGAAGAUCAUGGAAAUAAAGACCACCACAACGCAGAGCAGCAUCGUCAAAGGCAAAUGCCGUUUCUUGUCCUCUUAAAAUGGAAACUGCGGUUCUGGUGGCACUACGUGAUUCUCACACCCGCUAUCCAGGAAAAAACAUCCAUCCACAUCCAAGAAUUUGUCAUGCAAAACAUACACAAAAUUCUGUGUUUGUCAUGCAAAAAAUGGAUGUGGAUGGGUUUUUUUCUGGGGAUACCCGCGCGAACCCACGGCGAGGGCCACCCGCAGAUGCUCGCCCGCGGCGUUCUCGCGGCUCUGCAGGGUCUCCUGUCCACGAUCUUGUUUACCGUGCGCGUAGAUCGCCCGCAUUUCGUUCCGAAGUUGAUUCUCCAGUUCUUGAACGCGUUUUCGUUGACCUACGCAUGGCGCACCAACGACGUGAACCAGUUCCUGUUUCGCUCGGUGACCAAUUUCUGUCUGGCCUGGACGAACUGGCACGCGUUUGCUUGCGGGAGGCGGUGGAUCCACGCUGAGUUGCUCUCGGACGAACGACACGAGAAGAAGCUGGCAGACAUGCAACACGCCGGGUACCCGGACACCCUGGACGAUAGCUCGGUGGUAUGGAAAACGCUUAUUUCUAUAAGUUUUUGAAGGUUCCAGCUCCACCUAUACGCAUAAAGAAGUGUGCCAGUGAUGUGCAUCACACUGUAGUGACGUGGUACUACAACUAGGUAGGAGGAUGUAGUAGUAGUGGUAGAGACCAAAACACUUCCUUUAUUUUUCGUCAAGAAACUCGCUUGCAAUUAUAACGACAAUCUCCUCAGAUUUGUUUCACGCCAGCCUUGGUCACCGAUGCAAGCCAGAGCUUUCUAAUCGCCUUCCGGGUUCUGCACUUUCUGCUAUGCAUUGCAAAAGUAUAAUCGCACUAGCAUAAACAGCUCCAACACAUGCAAAUUUCCCAAACGUACAAAAAUGUUCCAGUGUGGCAUGCGAGUAGAUCAGGGUCAGGCUCAGGCAGAAAGGUAAGUCUGUAAAUGCAUGACUGCAUACACAAGCGAAAUAUGCCCCCGCCCCCGGAAAUCAGCAAUUCUGGGGUGCUUAGGAGGCACCCCAUCUGGUGCUUAGGAAGCACCCCAUCUGCCCCUUUGAUACCGCGGGUGCCCGAACUUCGAGCCCUAGGGGCAAGAAGGUAGGCUCCUGGUCCCGGCCAGGCGGGCAAAUAGCCUUGCUUGACUAGCGGAAACAAAAUCUCCUGGCCCGUUCCAUUUGUUACCUCUCGACCAAGGGCAAAAAUAUAACGCACGGCGCUGCGAUGCACAAAAACGCAGUAAGCUGCGCGGCCUCAAGCUCAUGGGAUGAUGGCCAUCUGCUCAGGGAGCAAAGACGAUCCAUGCCGGCGAUGAGCCAACUUCACACCCUGAGCGCCGUGGUAUCGUAGGCAUGCGAGCGCUCCACUUGUGACAUUUUGCAGCACGCAUGUGGGGUUUUUGCAUGCAGGCGCCAAAAGGUGAGCGCUGCACUCGCCAGAUGCGGCAAGUCCGCCGAUCCGGGUGUCACAUAAACGCCCGGUCUGCCGGGAUCUGGCGCUGCAAAAGCUCGCGGCUUUUCUAAAAGGAAUCCGCAUGCUACAGGCCCGAUUCGACAGCCGCAAAGUCGGCUCCUUUUGCGCCGCCGGAUUCCGGCAGAUCGGGUGGCUAUGUAACACCCGGAUCGCCCGCAUUCGCCGAUCCAUAAUUGGACUCGCCCGUCGAGCUUUUCCCAGGUUUCGUUUCUGUGCAUGACCGCGCCAAAAGCUUGAAGCUUGCUCGAGAGCCAGCUUCGGACUAGGAUUUAAUUGCUUGCCGAAGACAGGCAUAAUAAGUAUAAAGAAGAGCAGUAGAAGUGCUAGACUCGGAAUCGCAACGCUCUAGCUAAGUAAUAAAAUACAGGCCCCAUAGUCACCAUGGUCCGAUCGAGGUGGUUUGGGUGUGUGUCUAUGGCGAUGGAACCUUCGGCCUGGGGCAGUAGAGAUGCCCCGCUCCUCUUUUUCAUUGAGCGCAGGCUGACUCUUCAGCCACGCGUGAGAUGUUGACUCUAAUAAAGCGCGCGGCUCUAGUGCGACGCGCUUAAGCACCAGAUGGGGUGCUUCCUAAGCACCAGAUGGGGUGCCUCCUAAGCACCCCAGAAUUGCUGAUUUCCGGGGGCGGGGGCAUAUUUCGCUUGUGUAUGNGCAUACACAAGCGAAAUAUGCCCCCGCCCCCGGAAAUCAGCAAUUCUGGGGUGCUUAGGAGGCACCCCAUCUGGUGCUUAGGAAGCACCCCAUCUGCCCCUUUGAUACCGCGGGUGCCCGAACUUCGAGCCCUAGGGGCAAGAAGGUAGGCUCCUGGUCCCGGCCAGGCGGGCAAAUAGCCUUGCUUGACUAGCGGGAACAAAAUCUCCUGGCCCGUUCCAUUUGUUACCUCUCGACCAAGGGCAAAAAUAUAACGCACGGCGCUGCGAUGCACAAAAACGCAGUAAGCUGCGCGGCCUCAAGCUCAUGGGAUGAUGGCCAUCUGCUCAGGGAGCAAAGACGAUCCAUGCCGGCGAUGAGCCAACUUCACACCCUGAGCGCCGUGGUAUCGUAGGCAUGCGAGCGCUCCACUUGUGACAUUUUGCAGCACGCAUGUGGGGUUUUUGCAUGCAGGCGCCAAAAGGUGAGCGCUGCACUCGCCAGAUGCGGCAAGUCCGCCGAUCCGGGUGUCACAUAAACGCCCGGUCUGCCGGGAUCUGGCGCUGCAAAAGCUCGCGGCUUUUCUAAAAGGAAUCCGCAUGCUACAGGCCCGAUUCGACAGCCGCAAAGUCGGCUCCUUUUGCGCCGCCGGAUUCCGGCAGAUCGGGUGGCUAUGUAACACCCGGAUCGCCCGCAUUCGCCGAUCCAUAAUUGGACUCGCCCGUCGAGCUUUUCCCAGGUUUCGUUUCUGUGCAUGACCGCGCCAAAAGCUUUAAGCUUGCUCGAGAGCCAGCUUCGUACUAGGAUUUAAUUUCUUGCCGAAGACAGGCAUAAUAAGUAUAAAGAAGAGCAGUAGAAGUGCUAGACUCGGAAUCGCAACGCUCUAGCUAAGUAAUAAAAUACAGGCCCCAUAGUCACCAUGGUCCGAUCGAGGUGGUUUGGGUGUGUGUCUAUGGCGAUGGAACCUUCGGCCUGGGGCAGUAGAGAUGCCCCGCUCCUCUUUUUCAUUGAGCGCAGGCUGACUCUUCAGCCACGCGUGAGAUGUUGACUCUAAUAAAGCGCGCGGCUCUAGUGCGACGCGCUUAAGCACCAGAUGGGGUGCUUCCUAAGCACCAGAUGGGGUGCCUCCUAAGCACCCCAGAAUUGCUGAUUUCCGGGGGCGGGGGCAUAUUUCGCUUGUGUACUGCAAUUAGAACUAGAGUACGACUUAGAUACUUUUGCGCAGCAUACCUGCAGGGGUUCAUCAAUUUCUGCCUCUGCAUCAACCUCUUCCUCCACUGGCGGUCCCCCGCAUAGUAUCCCACAAAAAAAAGCUGUGUUGCUCGUCAGUGUAUAGAACGAACCAGAAGAGGAAUAUUCAUGAGUGUUCCAAUUUAUCUCUCCUUCUUCACGACCUCCACGUCAAAUUUUAGUGAAGCGAUGCGCGUAAGACACUUUUUUUUUUUGGAUAGUUGCGGGGCGCGACUAGUGACGUUUACCACCAUCGCAGAUCCGAACAAAGGGAAGAGCGACAAUGACGCAGAUGAUGUUGCGAAUAAGGAAGGCGAAGGCGUUAAAACGGCGGAAAAAGUAACAGACGACGCGAACAAGAUAAAAACGCCAACACAUCAUAGCAAAGAGGGGGAACAUGGCAAGCAAGAUGAAGAAGGACAUGAUGAACCUGAUCCCGAUGAGAUUUACCGUCCCAGCGAAAAGGAAGCAAGCCAACAUGACGUUGUCGAACCCACACCCACCGUUGUACCAGCGAAAAUCUUGCUCGUUCGCGGUACGGUCUGGCUCCGCGGCCGGGCGAUUCUCACCGGCUGUGCUAUCGUGAUCGAUUUGCUCAAGGCGAUUUUCAAGAAUACGAUCAUUCCCGAGGGAAGCUACUUUGAGCGGUACGCGGUCGAGACGGUGAUGCAUUUCCUGCGUGGGUGUUUGCUCCGUCCGCUGCAGAUUGCGAGUUUACUGACCCAGUUUUACUACCCGAGAUAG